AUGACAAGUGGCGUGGGCACGGCGUACUGGAUUGCGCCCGAGGUGUUGGCUGGGCACAAGUACUCUGAGAAGGCAGACAUUUACUCGCUGGGUGUUGUGUUGGCUGAGUUAGACACUGGAGAAUUGCCAUUCUUCGACGCACGCACAUCAGACGGAGACAAGAUGGAGGCGAUUCAUAUUCUGAGUCUUGUGGUAAGUGGCGAGUUACAACCGAGCUUUACGCUUGACUGUCCUGAAGACGUCCGUAAAUUGGCACUGGUCUGUUUGAAUCCGAAUCCAGACAGUCGACCAUCCGCCAAAAUGGUCCUGGAUGAGCUCAACCGACUGCUGGAAGGGUGA